AUGCCUUGUUCUCCUAGCGCUGAACCAAACAACCCUAACAGAGAAGAUCCUGUUGCUGACUCUGCGAAUACCCCACAUGCAAGAAGACCUAAAGAAACUGUAUCAGGCUUCUCCUCAGCCAUCGCUCUUGAGGAACGAACCAAAGAAGGUUCCAGGUAUGUUCACAAUGCCAUUGCCACUAUGGCGAAUGGAAUACUGUCUGGAAAUCAUAAGGUCCUUGGGGUUUCCAUUCCCUUAAACACUAUUGAACCUGAUAGUGUUGCUUAUCAAGAAAAUACUGAGUCUUUAGGAAAGAAUAUCUCUGAUGAUGUUGAGCAAACUGAUGCUUAUAAGGAGUCAAAUGUUGACAAACCCUUAGAUAAUGUGGCUGGUGAGGAAGUUCAUGUCACUCAUGAUGUCAGUGACAACCCUAACUGUGAGGAUGAAACAGUAGACGUGGAGGAAUUUUCUGAUAAUGAGUUGUUGUCCUCAGUCCUCCCUAGCAUAGCCAAAAGGGUUAGGACUAGGAGAGAAAAGAAAACUGUGGCUCAAAGGUCCCCCGGAAAGAAGAUUGAUGUUCCAACCUCUUCCAAGACAAAGGUGGCAGUUGAGAGUUCCCUCAAGAGGAAAGAUGUUCCGUGUAAUGUCUCUGACACUCUGUCAAAGAAGAAGCCAACCACUAGCAAGCUUGCAGCUAGUGUCCCUGAAGUACCAAAUGACAACAUAUCUUUUCAUUUUGCUUCAAGUGUAAAUAGGUGGAAAUAUGUUUAUCAGAAGAGGCUGGCUUUGGAAAGGGAAUUAGCUUAG